CCACGGGUUUAGUGCUUUGUUGUGUCCUUUUCUCUUUUUGAUCCGCCCGCACUCUCCUUUAUGAAGGGGUCUUCAUUCGUUGCGACCUUUUUGGUUAAAUUUUGGGGUGGUAGGUUUCUUCUUUGAGCCACCCUUGCACGGCUGGUUUGCUGCGCUGGUCCCGGUCUCCUUUCUUCCCGUACCAGGGUUGUGAGUUAACAAGUGGUGCAUCUGGCAUGCAUGGGUUUUGUUUCUGGUGAUGUGAUUUCUCUUUCCAAUUUAUUUUGGUUCAUCACCUUUCAUUGCUAAGCGCAUCCCGACUACUAUUACUACUAUUUGUUGUUUUAAGGUAGUGUUGACAUGGUAGACUGAUUCGAAAAAUUUCGGGGACAGCAAAUAGUAUUUGUUACAAAAAGGAUAAUUUAGCUUUUUCUAUAUUUCUUGCAGAUGGUGGAGUUAUAGUUAGGUUUCACUGCGUGCCAUAUCAUAUGUGUGUAGGAUGGACGUGCACAGCGCUAAUACGCAAAACUUGAUUGCUGGCUGGACGUUUUUUCUGGUAGACAACAAAAAACUAAUGUGCUAAAUGCGCUAAAUAGUUUUCAUAUGCUGCUGUAUUCUGACUGACUAAGACGAAAAACAAUAGACGAGAGACCGAGAGACUAAACGAAACGCUUCACCAUGCAUGUCGAUGUGAACUGUUGGCUAUAGUUUUUCCUUUUUUUCCCCAUGGGUGCGCGGAAGUGUCGUGGGUUUCAAUGGGUUUCAAUGUCACAAAAGUCAUCCGUUCAAAAGGCAAUAAAGGACAGAUGUUUCAUUGUUGACUGCAAUGUUCUAUGUUUACGGUUGCUCCGCUUUUCACCCCUUGGCCCUUUGCCAUGGCGCGCAGAGAGCGGCGCGCCAAGCGGAUGGCAGAUUGGUAUGGACUUGCCGUGGAAGGUGAGCGCGGCGCUGCGGCAAAGAAGCAGUGUGUUGCGCGAGCCGAAGAGGUCGCUGAGAAGCUUCCUCCAGGAGCUGCGAAAGGUCUGCAAAAUGCAGCACCUUCAGGCCCGGAAGGCAUUGAUCCAAUAACCAUGGAGCGGCUUCUGAGCCAGGUGCAAAAAGGUGGUCCUUCGGUACAAAACGAAGCGCUCGUCGCAGUGACAGGCCUUCCGCCACAGCAUGCGGCAAAGCUCUUGGAGUUUGCCCUUGAGAAGUCCAAGGAGCUACGGGACCCGUCGAUGUAUAUGGUGUCCACGGUGGCAAGGGGCUUCAAGCCCAGAUGGCACGAAAUGGUGGAGGCCUCUGUCCCUUCCAAAGGAAAAGGCGUACAACUUGAGCUGGCGCAAGAUCGAAAGCCGCACAAAGCCAGGAGUGUUCUACUGGGAGAAUUUUCACACAGGCUCCCUUCACGAUGCCUGGAGAUGAGGCUUGGUGCGGCGGAGGGUCCAGCAUCGUUGGACCAUCACUGGGCCGAUGUGAACCCAGUAAGGUCGCGGCCUCUACCAUCUCCGCAAGAUUCGUGUGAUUCGGGGGCUCUGAAGCUUCAGGAAACUAGAACUUGAACAUCCAGCUGGGAAACUUCUUUUAGUUUGAGCACACGAAUGAAGCAAAUAUGGGACUCCCUUUUUUUGUGGACCUGGUUGGAUUGAUUGGCAGUCUUGAAAAUCGAAGGACCACCAUUGGCUUUGGUCCAACGACUGCGGUGCCUCCACAGUCCAAAUACACAAGAACUCCCUCAUUUAGAGGCCAAAACCUUCCAACCUUGCACACCUGACAAGCAGUGUUCCCAAACGGUUUGCCUCCAAAGACGUCGAUGCCUCACCUGCCCCUGCCCCUCGCCUGGCCCUUCGCCUGCCCUCCUUCACCCCGGACCCGCCGAGGCUCUGCUGCGUCAUGAGCGAUGCCGAACAAAAGCUCACGGCCGAGCGUAGCAUGGCCGGAGAGGCCUAGACGUGACUUUGAGCCUCCGCCGUACACGGACGGACGAGGAUGAUCUUGGAGCUGCAUCAUCCUCCACUGAGCUCGAGCCAUCCGCUGGUGUCUCUGAAGAGGUCCUACAGUGCCUGGGUCGCCGGGUUUUGCUCGUCGGCUCACGGAGAGAACCUCACGUUGUUUCGAGGACCUGAAGGCCGUGUUGUCCCUUGUUAUUUAGGGUAUGGAACUGGAACUGGAACUGAGAUGAGAUUCAUUUUCCUCCUCUUGCUUAGCCCAGGUUGACCCCUGGUGGUCCAGGAUUUCUCCCAGGUGCAGGUGAUCAACGCGAGCUUUGAGAAUCAUCUCCCCCUCUUAAGAUCGACGAGAUGGAGACGACCGGGGUUGAAGAAAGCUACUUUGAAUUACUUUGACUCCCCUGAAGGCAUUGCUGCUGUUUGGUGCAACAGAUCGGUAGAAAGAGAUUUGUCACUCUCUUCAUGUUCUCAGCGCUAUUCCCCUACCUGCGGCAGUUGUUUGGGUGAAACUGGGAUGUAGGGAAAUGUAGGGAACCUAAUCUGGGCCGAGAUCUUGGCCCGCAAGGUGGCCAGAAUCGGCGGCCUGAUCGUACAAGAUAAUAAGAUAGAAGACCCAUCACUUUGAGCCUCAUCAAUCCCUUCCACCUUUACGCUGUUAUAUAUACACUGUUUAAACCUUCUCAGAACCGACCCUUUUUGUACAGGAUUGCUUUUGGGAGACACCCAUGGGAAAAAAAAACAGGGUUCUGCUCUGCAUGGAGUCCAGAACAAACUGCCCGAGUGAGUUUCCAUCUUCACCCCUUCCCGAACGGCGUUCCCGGCGUUCCGCUCAUGAAAUCGAGGGUUAGUGCCAAGCAGCGUCGGAAGUUCUCCGCUUGAGAGACUGAGCAAGGAGUUUGAGAGAGAGGGAGAGCUAGAGAGCAUUGAAUCAGGUUACGGUUUGCGCAGGUAUCGCUUGAAGGCGAAAGUUACAUACCUCCCAACUAUCAUACCCUCGGGAGUUCACUUUUGGGCUUUUUGGCUUCUGCUUCGCCUUUGGUUGAAAGCCUGACAAAUGCAACUACGUUCGACUUUUGAGUCCUUCAAGCUUAGAAUUUCCUUUGAGAUCUUUGAGGCUUCAAUGUUUUUUUCAAUUUUGGUAAGACUCACCCUGAAUUCUUGCUGCUCAUGUUGAACUAUACCUGGAUCUUC